AUGCAGCACGACGACGUGAUAUGGCAGGUCAUCAGGCACAACCACUGCAGUUUCAUGUCCAAGUGAGCUCGACUUUUCUCUUCUGGUUUUUAAUCCAAUCUGCGUCCGAUGCUCUGAAUGUAAUACCAAGAGGGAAAGCACUCAUUAUGGUGCUUUGUUUUCCAUGUCGGCAGAAUCGUCACUGGAAAUUUCUGUCGAAAUCCGUAUAACGUUACGGGAAUAUGCAACCGGAGCUCUUGUCCUCUUGCCAACAGUCGGUACGCCACCAUACGAGAUCACGAAGGUUUAGAGCUCCCCUUCUGCACCCCCCCACCCCCCCCACCCGCCAACGCAUUUUGUUCGCCAAUUCCAUCUGUAAAUGACUUCAUGUUUUCACACUCCAGCAACCCGGAACUGUUCCAUAUAGAGAAUCAGAACAGCGGGUGAUACAUCUAUGGGCUUAUAUACAAGAUUCGGAGGGCUAAAAUUUUAACAGAAUUAAACAUAACACGCCUAACUCAUGUCGAAAGAAACUCAUAAAGUCAGCUUAUUCAGCAGAGAACAUAUGCAAAGAUCGGUACGGAAUAAUCUUUUAUAAAUCUGUUCUUUAAGCUUAUUUUCGGAAGAUCUUCGGUACCCUUUCCCUCAUUUAACGAAUAAACUACCAAAUUUGCUCCUAACGUGUUGUGUUUUUUCUUUGAGCUCGUGCCGCGAUUGGGUGGCCUGUGAGCAUCCUUUCAAUUAUGUUUUAGUCACUCGUUGUAAAGAUAAUAUUUAAAACUAAAAUGUUCUCCCCAGUGGACUAGUAAAUAUGUCCUUAACCUGUUAGGGUUUAGUAAUUGUUGAUCCUUAACCUUUUGGUCUUAUCACUUUUAAUUCCGGUUUCUGCCUUUUGUUUUGUUUGCAGGGGUAUUUUAUUUGUACAUGAAAACCAUUGAAAGGGCCCAUAAACCAAAUGAUUUGUGGGAAAGGGUUAAACUUCCGAGAAACUAUGAGAAGGCUCUGGAACUGAUUGAUAAGCAUCUGGUAUUCGUCUUUUAGUCUUUUAGAUGAUUUGAUGUGUGGUUGAAAGAAUGUCUAGACUGACAUAUCUCUUAUUGAACAGCAAUAUUGGCCUAAAUUUCUUGUUCACAAGAACAAGCAACGUCUCACAAAAAUGACCCAGUACCGUAUUCGCAUGAGGAAGCUAGUUCUGAAAGUGAGGUGUGUUCAUUUUUUUCACCUGAUGCUGUCAUCUUGUUUUUCCCCCCAUUUCUAUUUCUAUUUAUGCAUGUAAUAUCUGAAAAGUUGAUAAUAUGUGGAUUUUCCUUACGAUUGCCUCAAGCCAUAUCCACAUUACUCUUAGGAAAAAAAUUCUUUUCUUAUUAGAUUUUUUUUUUCUUUAUUUAUUCCAGGGAGAAGAUUGUGACGAUGCCAAGGAAGCAGCAAAAGAGAGAAGCCAGAAGGGAGGAGAAAGCCGAGAAGGCUGCAGUCUUGGAGAAGGUUAAUAUCUAUCUACUAUUAAUACUUCAAUUUCUCCUUUCUCUCCUCUGUGCGCAUGCUGAUUCCUGUUGACUUUUUCAGAGCAUCGAAAAAGAAUUACUGGAACGCCUCAAGAAGGGCGUGUACGGGGACAUAUACAACUACCCAGUUGAAGCAUAUGAUAAUAUCCUCAAUAUGGAAGAAAUGAAGGUCGCUGAUGUAGAAGAAGAGGAGGAAGAAGAAGUACACUGCUAAACCCCCUCCCCAUCCCUUAUCAUUUCCUCUUCCUUUCCCUUUUUUGCCUGAUAUAUGCCUCACGGGAUCCCCCAAUCACCAUGUGAACAGGAACCUGAGAUAGAAUAUGUCGAGGGCUACGAUGACCCUGAGGAGGGAGAGGACAUGGAAGACUUUGGUGGUUUCGUCCAAGGCGACUCUUUUAGCGAUGAGGAGCCUGGUAAGCCGAUUCGUGUCCUUCAUCAUCACCUUCUGGUCACCGGAAAUAUUAAUGGAAUAGAUACGUUGAUGAAAUCAAGGUUCACAAGUUUAUAUAUUAUAUCUUGUUAUGCAGAUGAAAUCAGCGAUGAUGAGGAAGAUCCGAGCUCAAAAAGAAAGCGCAAGGAUAAGCCCAAAGGGGACGCUCUUCAUUCAAGAUCUAGGAGACAGGGGCGAGUCCUCAUCGAGGUAAUAAUCUAUUUUUUGGGGUGUAAUGGAUGCAAUAGCUCCCAUUUCUUGCCUGCCAAUUUUUUGCGUACAUUAGUUAUAGAUAUAGAUGAAGGAAAUCCGACUCCUAACCUGAGGAUGCCCCGUGAGUUGAGUAAGUGAGAGAGAGAGAGAGAUAGAGAUAGAGCAUGAGGGCGCCGCUAUCCACACCCCCCAAGAUUCAGUGGGUUUAAUUCUCCGGACCGCUUAGUCACUUAUCUUGUUAUCUUCCAUUUGGGCAGGUCGAGCACGACGACGGCGUGGGCGAGAGACACGAAGCUCGCCACUGA